CAAUUUCACCCCAUGACUCUGACUUUCACACCUCGAAUUUUAUCCUUAACUAGAGGUGUUCUGAGCUCCAGUAGGGCCAACCUCCUCAGAAAUAACCUCCCAAGUACAGCUACAGCUAUUCUUCAAGUCAGGCGUGCUGGCUAUGCGACCACCACGACAGAGGGCAAAACAGAACCUUCUAUUUCGUCUCAGUCAUCGGCAGGAACAGCUCCAGCCGCCACGGAUCCUCUACCAACACCCAAUGACUUAGCGACUGAUUGGUCGAGGAGCUAUUCCGGAUUGUCGGAACGACCGUUUUCUAAAGAGGCGGCGGACGUGCUGUUGGCACCGAUAGAUGCAAAGGACGUCGAAAUGAAGCAGGAUGGGAUGAUUUAUCUACCAGAAAUUAAAUACCGUCGUAUCCUCAACAAGGCUUUUGGUCCAGGGGGCUGGGGUCUUGCACCACGAACUGAAACUAACGUUGGGGUCAAGGUCGUGAGCAGAGAGUAUGCACUGGUGUGUUUGGGAAGACUUGUUGCUAUCGCACGCGGGGAACAGGAAUAUUUUGACCCGUCAGGCAUAGCUACUGCCACUGAAGCGUGCAAAAGUAACGCACUCAUGCGGUGCUGCAAGGACCUUGGGAUAGCCAGUGAGCUUUGGGAUCCUCGCUUCAUUCGCGAAUUCAAAGAGAAGUAUUGCGUUGAAGUAUGGGCCGAACACGUACUUACGAAAAAAAAGAAGAAAGUCUGGCGCCGCAAGGACCAGGGAAAGGUCGGAUACCCUUACCAAGAAACUUAAACAAGUACUCGGAAUCAAGUAUCCUACUACGAUCAUAAUUGACAGAGAUACCCAACUCUCAAAGAUAUCGAUGCUCAUUUUCGCGUUGUCACGAUAUCCAGUCAGACUCCUCUACCUAGUAUGAUAUUCGAAUAACGAGGCCUAUCUGCCCCCCUUUGGAUAACGUGUUCUCAUAUGGGCUCAGAGUGACAGCGUGCACGUUCUGGUAAUAGUCUCCGAGCGAGAAUUACUUGCAAAAGUGAAAUGCUCGAUAACAGUAACCGAAACGUCGAUGAAGGCGGGUCAGAAAAGCUCCUUUUCGGUGGUUGAAGGUGUCCCCGCGUGCUUGUUCUUCAGCGGCGAUGAUUUAAAGGCACAUCGCGUACAGCAUAAUCCAGGCUCCGGUCGCCGAAGAUUCUGGGUUAAGUCGGACAAUAGGUCUAGAAUUAAAGGAGAGUAAUUAUCAUAUUGGCAAUGCUGCUAUAACACAGUGAUCGAUGGCGGUAUACCAUGGUACA